ACACGUGAGGCUGCAGAACAAUCAAGGGCCUUGAAUACGUUGACAGAUCAUGUGGAGGAAAAAGAGCUAGACACAUCCAAAGUCAACAAUGCAAUGGCUCAGAUCAAAGCCUCUCAGACGGCCACCCGGGAAGCUCAGAGGUCGUUCCCAUGCAGAGACAAGGACCUGGCUGCUUUCAAGGUGAAUGCUGCUGAUGUGCAGCUGAUUGUUGCUGAGAUUGAGGUGGAUCAGAAGCAAGCAGACCGCAGACUGCGAGAACACAAGGGAAAUGUUGUGGAGGCCUUGAAGUCAUACCUU